AAUGCUAGUGGUUGAUCCUCUCUCUCUCUCUCUCCCUCCUAAUAGCCCACUAGCAUAAGUCUUUUUCUCUAUCUAAAUGCUAGUGGCUCUCUCCAUCUCUGCCCUACAUGCAUUUCCACUUGCUUUUAACUUGUUGAGGUCACAUAUCAUGUUAGCAGCUAAGCCUUAGGUAAAAUUUCAGGGGGGAGAGAUGGGUAAGGAAGCCCACCAAGAAAAUUCGUCUCUCCUUCCUAACAAUAACAAUAAUAAUAACAAGAAGAAAGAGUCUCCUAAGAAACUUCUAGGAGGUGGUGAUGAUGGCGGCGGCGGCGGCGGCUGUGGUGGUGGUGGUGGCGGCGGCGGCAGUGGUAACAACGAUAGGUUAAAAAGAGAUGAAUGGAGCGAAGGAGCAGUUUCAAGCCUCCUUGAAGCUUAUGAAGCCAAAUGGAUACUUCGAAAUCGAGCCAAACUUAAAGGUCGAGAUUGGGAAGAUGUAGCAACGUAUGUCUCUGGUCGAGCAAGUUCAAGUAAGUCGCCCAAGACCCAAACACAGUGCAAGAACAAGAUCGAGUCAAUGAAGAAAAGGUAUCGAUCGGAGUCUGCCACAUCUGAGCCCUCGUCGUGGCCUCUUUUUCCGAGACUCGAUCUAUUAGUCCGUGGAAGUGCUCAUCCUCCACCUCCGCCUCCACCUUCAGUCCCACCUCCUCCCCCACCAACAGCACCACCUUAUGCCAACCCUCCUUUGAUUGUUCUUGAACCAUCAGUUCUGCCAGCACAAUUACCACCACAGCCUCAGCCACCGCCACCACCACCACCUCAACCUCCACCUCUGGCUCCGUUAUUGCUGGUUGGAGUUGCACAAAACUCUAAUGGCUCCAAAGGCGUUGAUCGGGUGCCCAAGGUUAGUGGAAUAAACAAUCACAUCUUUCUGCUAAAUCAUUUCAUUUUUUACUUGGUCAUAUGGUGA